CCGAGCAGGGAUGAGGCACAUCAGGCCUGGGAGGACAUCUCGAACCUUCUCCGGCCUCCCAGGAAGACGGGACGAGGGUACAAGCACUUCGUUGGAAGCGACCUCCUUCGCGAGAGACUUGAGAAGAUGCAGCUGAUGCUGUGGCAUUACAGUUGCAAUAUUGAGGAGCCUGGCUGGAUAGCUGCGUCCGAGUUGGCCUGUGAAUCACAUCGGGUUGGCGAACACGAAACAGCAUCUCGUACGCUGCGUAAAUGGUGUCGUACCUAUCUGCGAGACAGAGAUGCCAUACCAAUACCAUGCCCCAAUACCUGGACUGUAUCAGUCUUAGACGAGGACCUUGCACAAGACAUCCGAGCUCACCUAUGGACCAAGGGCAAAGACGUCAAGGCCGAGGACAUCAUCACUUUCCUUGACACCCCGGAGAUCAAGGAGAAGUACUCCCUAGAUGGAAACAUCAGCCUCGCCACAGCGAAGCGAUGGCUGCACUCACUGGGGUACCGAUGGGGCCGAGGUCCAAAGCGCCAGUACGUUGAUGGGCAUGAGCGUGAGGAUGUUGUGGAAUACCGGAACAACAUCUUCAUUCCCGCGAUCAUUGAUAUGGAGGGCCGAUUGCGUCGAUGGACCGAAGACGGCGUGGGCGAAGUGAUCGACCGUCCAUUUUCUGGGCGUCAUAUCGUGAUCUGGUAUCACGACGAGAGUACCUUCUACGCCAAUGAUCGGCGGCGCAUGUACUGGUACCAGGAAGAUGACGAGGUGAACACCCCGCCCAAGGGUGAAGGACCUUCCAUCAUGGUGUCCGACUUCAUUUCCGCGGAUUACGGCUGGCUCGCGUCGCGCGAUGGUCAACGCUCGGCGCGGAUG